UUUCAUGAACAUUUGGCCAAUUCUUCUAUGUAAAAGUUUCAAACUUUGAAUUUGCACUCUGUUCUUCUUUGCCCCUUUCUCCUCUCCGAUUGAGGUUCGUAUUUGGGAUCGGAAUUCAUGAGGGAACUUCUGAGGUCCUUCUCUAGGCUAGGUGGUGUUAGGAGUUUUGCGGCGACGAGAACUAAGGAGCUUAAGAUUGAUGGAAUUAAACAUGCCAUCGCUGUUGCUUCUGGAAAAGGCGGUGUCGGCAAGUCCACCACUGCGGUUAACUUAGCCGUUGCACUUGCCAACAAAUGUCAACUGAAGGUUGGCUUGCUUGAUGCUGAUGUUUAUGGGCCAAAUGUUCCUAUCAUGAUGAAGCUCGAUAGAAAGCCUGAAGUGACACAAGAUAAGAAAAUGGUUCCAAUUGAGAACUAUGGUGUCAAGUGUAUGUCAAUUGGACUUCUUGUGGAGAAGGAUGCCCCACUUGUCUGGAGAGGUCCUAUGGUCUCGAGUGCUCUUGAGAAAAUGACAAGGGGAGUUGAGUGGGGAAAUCUUGAUAUCCUUGUGGUGGAUAUGCCCCCCGGCACUGGUGAUACUCAGAUAACUAUUUCACAAAGGCUCCAACUAUCAGGUGUGCUGAUUGUUUCAACACCUCAGGAUGUUGCAUUAAUGGAUGCUCGUAGAGGUGUUAACAUGUUCUCCAAAGUUGAAGUUCCUAUUUUGGGAAUUGUGGAGAACAUGAGCUGGUUUAAGUGUCCCCAUUGCGGUGAACCUUCAUUCAUUUUCGGAAAAGCAGGUGCUCGGACGACAGCAGACGAGAUGGGUUUGGAGUUUCUUGGGGAGAUACCAUUGGAAACAACAAUCAGAGAAGGUAGUGAUGAAGGUGUUCCUAUCGUUAUAUCAACGCCUGAUUCUGUAGUCUCAAAAGCGUACGUGGAUGUGGCUAACAAAGUAGUCAACAGACUUGAGGAACUGUCUAAAACUGAGCACUCCCAACCAGAGAUUCGUCUCUAAUUUUUUGAGUGGUUUACUUUAGAGAAUCAAGUAGCUUCUUUUUAUUCCACAGGGGUACUCACCAAGACUUUUAAUUGAGCAUGCUUAUGUAAUUUUCUCUUGGUGAUGUUGUGAUGUUUUAGUAAAUAUAAAGCAAUUCUUUUUUUGAGUUGUGCUUUUGUAGCUAUUUUACGGGGCUUGGUGUGGAGAGAAAAGGCUGGAGAGAGACCUGAGAGUUGAGAUAUUCUUUUCAGUGAAUAAAUGGGGUCCUUCCACUAAUAAUCAAGGUUCGUUAUCGUUGUAGAAUAAAGGACAUAUCCUCAAACGAAUGGACUGAAUGAGAGAAUAUUUAGACUAUGCAUCUUGGCAAUAAUGAUAAAGUCAAGUGUGUGUGUGUGUGUUUUUUUUUUUU